GCAGCCCACAUAGGACAGAUAUGGAGAGUUUACCCAUCAGCCCCAGGGAUGAGUUAGACACGUCAGAUGAUAGAACAUCGCAGGAGUGCCUCAUGUCCCAACAUUCCAGUAUAUACCAGAUCUAUCAACUGCUAAGAAGUAUACUCCAUAAAGUUGUCCCAGAGAAUCUGUGGGGUUCUAGGCACAACAAAGCCUGCUUCCUGAACCAUGUCCUGACCUUCCUGAGGAUGGGCCGCUACGAGAGGAUCUCACUGCACCAACUCAUGACAGGAAUGAGGCUCAAUGACUGUGACUGGCUAAAGUUGGACUCCAACACCCUGCAAGAGUUCCAGACCAGAACUGCACUUCUUGACAAGUUUGUGUGGUGGCUCUUCAACAACUUUGUCAUCAAUGUUCUCAGGUCCUACUUCUACAUCACGGAGACAACAACCCACAGGAAUCAGCUUCUGUACUACAGGAGUCAUGUCUGGAAGAUUUUAAAGGACAGGGCCACAGAGCAACUUCUACGCAGGCACAUGUUCAGCCAAGUCAGCCAGAGCACUGUCAAAUACCUCAUCAGGGACCAGCAGUGCCUCGGCUUGGCCAAGCUCAGGUUUAUACCCAAGAAAACAGGACUGAGGCCCAUUGUCAACAUGAACAAACAAGAGAAGACUGAAAUGAACAGUUCCGGCACCUCCAUCAACUAUAAGCUGCAGAACCUGUUCAAAGUCCUGACAUACGAGUCAGCCGUGCCAGACAAGAUAGGAGCAUCUGUGUUUGGGACAGACGACAUCUACAAGAAAUGGAAGGACUUUGUGGUCAAGCGCAAUGCUUUUGGUCCCCUGUACUUUGUGAAGGUGGACAUCCAGCACUGUUUUGACAGCAUUCCUCAGGACAGGCUACUGGAGGUCAUGACUAAAGUGUUGCAGGACAAGUCUGACUAUUAUAUCAGGAGGUAUGCCCAAGUGACAGCCACAGAAAAGAGAGUCAACUGCACCUUUGAGAAACACGUUUCUGUGUUGGAAAACUUCAUCCCGUGCUUCAAGAAAUUUGUGUUACACCAAAACCAGACUGGAAAGAUGUAUGAUGCCAUUGCUAUUGAUCAGGUCUGUCAGCACUAUGCAGAAACCGCCACUCUGUUGAAACAGUUAAAGCAGCAUGUAAAGAACAACAUGAUCCAGAUCGGCAGGACCUACUACCGUCAGAUCAGCGGGAUCAGUCAGGGAUCACGCCUGUCCACGCUGCUGUGUAGCUUCUUCUACGCUGACAUGGAGAGGAGACAUCUACGGGGGAUGGACACAGAUGGGUUGCUGCUACGCCUGGUGGAUGACUUUCUGCUGGUUACUCCACAUCUCAACCGGGCGACAGCCUUCCUUUACACCAUGUUGGAUGGUAUCCCUGAGUAUGGCUGCAGUGCACAUCCUGACAAAGUCAUGACCAACUUUCCUGUCCGGUACAAGGAUGUUGACAUCGUCUGUCAGCCGGCUGUCACCUGGUUCCCCUGGUGCGGCAUGCUGUUCCACACACAGCUGCUAGGGGUCAUGAAAGACUAUACUAACUAUGAAAACUUACGUAUCAGGUACACCUUGACCUUAGACCUACAUCAGACACCAGGGUUGAACAUGAAACAGAAGUUGAUGAGUACUGUCAAGGCCAAAUGCCAUGCCUUCUUCCUGGAACCCAAGGUGAACUCCACAGCUGUGAUUACACAGACUCUGUACAAGGCAUUCCUGUUCACAGCCCACCAGUUCCACAGCUACAACACCUGUCUCCCGUACAGGCACAGAGCUGAGGACAACCCUGCAUUCUUCCUGGGCAUGAUCAUGGACAUCUGCCAGUAUCCCCUUAAACUGGUUAACGCAAGAGUAGCUAAGGAAGUGAUGUCAGGGCAGCUUCCUGUAUCCCAGGAUGCAGUAGAAUGGUUGUGCCUGCAAGCCUUCAAGUCCAAGCUGUCACCUCACAGAUCAGUUUAUUUCCCUUUGCUCAAAACUCUGGAGAAAUGUCUGAAGAACCUGGAGAGGAACUUGGACUGUAAGGAACUGCAGCAGGUCACGAGCCAACAGAGUGUAGAAGAGUUCAAGUCCAUCCUGGAUUGACAGAGACUCAGAUGUAGAUGCAACAUGAACAGACAUAUACUCCCUCAGCAGCCCUCCACGGCAAAACUCCCUCUUCAUAGCCCAUAGGAAAAUUGCGUACAAUGUAUCUGCAGGAGUGAUUUUGGAAUAGUUUAUUUUUGGAUGAAAUGUAACUAAAAUAUCCUGCAUUUGUGCAGAAAUGUUGACUUGAAAUAAAUAAUGCUAUAUCAUGUAUCAAGUGAGAUUUUGAAGUAAAUAUAGCAGACUUCAUGUCCAUUCUUGAAUGACAGACUCAGAUGUAGAUGCAACAUGAACACUGAAUUGAACAGGCAGCCAAACAAAGGCUUCAAAUAGCGCCAUUAUUGUUAUUAUUUUAAUGAGCACAGUUUCUUUAAUGUUGAAAUGCUGCCUUUUUUCUGGUAUAUAAAUGAAUUGAAAAGUUCUAAAACCUUUCCUCAUUACUGUAAAGAAAUGAAAUGGAUAUAGGCACAAAAUAUUCCCUCUGAGAACUCACAUCUAAAUUCUUCAGAUUCUCUUUUGUAAAGAAUCCCUAGAUGAGGCACAAGAUAUUUAGUA